GGCCGAGCUUGGACCAUAGGCGGCGAGACGGAGGGAUCGCCGCACGCCCGUUCCCUCAGCCCGUGCCACCGCCUCGCCAGCUACUCGCCGCCCACUCUCAGAGGUAAGUCCGCCCGCACACCACCACCUACGCCACCAUCCCUCACCGCCACCUGGCUGCCGCCCACACCACUACUACAAUAACUACUACUACAAAAAAACUACUGCUACUACUAUCCAUUUUGCAACGUUCACCCGCCCACGCAGUGUGUGUCCGCCCACCCAGUGUGAAGAAGCGAGCCUCACGCUGGGCGGCGCACGGCAGACCCAGCUGUGCCGUAGAGCGCCCGCGCAGCACGUCCAGCAACGGCGCUAGAUAGAUCGUUGCCGAAGUGCCGUCACCGCACCGGCCCUCCACGUGCCCUGUCUAGUGUGUAGUGUCCUGUACUUCACAUACAUGCUUGAGUGCAUCGGUGUACUCCGUAUGAAUAGAGUUUUCUGUGUUCAUGUUGCACUUAUACAGUAUGUAAUCAAGUAAUCACAUAUAUAUGCAAGGAUGUGAUCCUAUCUGAACUUGGAAUUAGAGAGACAAACACAAAACUUAAAAUGCAAAACAUUAGAACUCAUGUCGAGUAAAAUUACAAACGUGUUUUCUCAAAAAACAACGUCAUAAAGUAGUGUUGUUCUCAUUUGAAUAUCAUAAUUCACAUUGGUUGGACGUACUAUUUAGCCGGCUUUGUAGGUGCAAUUGUUUUGUCAUUUACAACGCAAGGUGCAGUUGUACCGAUAGGCUUUCACGACACAUUUCAUUUCAACCAUUGAUCAAACAUGUCCAUUUAUUGAUAGUGCUUAUAUAUUUCACACAGAAUCAGUCAUAAUAACCAAAACCCCAUUAGGCAGUUCUUUACGAAUAUUAACAUAGACGAAAGUGACG